GGAGCGCAGUGCCCUCCAUUUGAAAAUCGAGGGGGUCCUCGCCUCACAUUAUUCAAGUCAGAAAAACAAAAUCCAACCAUGAUGAUGGCCAGUACUCCGCCGCCUGAACGAAGAGUGACAGUCAGACAUUCCCCACCAGGUGACAAAAGUACUACUGGUAUUCAAGAUGAACAGGAAGAUACGGCUUGGAUGAGUGUCUGGAAGUCGCCAUGGUGGAGGCUGGGAGCGUUGGUGCUGCUGUUCUUCUUGGGUUUGAUCAUUGUUGCGAGUAUCAAGCCCUUUGAUCGGCUCAUGACCUUUUUGCUUCCAGUGGAAACCACUGAUCUACACGACAAUAAUCAACAGUCUGUAAAUGACAAUUCCACUGUGAACUCGAGUUAUUCGAAGCAUUACUCCAGCCAGUGCCACCUGUCUUCACCUUUCGACAGUGCUCGGACAAUGCGACACUCUGCUGUAAUGGACUAGAGAAUGCCUGUGAUUUGCGAAUCAACGAGGUCAUGUUAGCCACUGUACACAACGCCAUGGCAACAAAGGAAGACGGAUCCCUACUUGAACCCAACCAUUUUCUGUCCCUUGAGCGUGCAUUGGAAGCAGGCUAUCGAGGGCUUCACUUGGAGGUUUGCAAGUGCAAUGGCGUCUACGAGUUCUGCAAUGGCGUUUGCCAGCUGGGAUCACGAAAUCCCAUCGAAGUGUUCUUGAAUAUCGACCGAUUUCUCCGUGAUCAUCGUGAAGAAGUCAUUGUGCUACAUCUUCAAAUCAACAGCCAUGUGCAUCAAGAGGUCUCUCUCCAAGAGCUCUAUCAAGUUAUGCAGAAUGCCACACAGUUCAACCGCAACUUGUACAUUCAAAAGAGUAAUCGAGCUCGCUGGCCUAUC